AUACGCCCGCCCCGAACGGCGGCGCGCCUCGCCCGGCCCUCCGCCCGCGCGGUCCGGCGGCGGCGGCGGCGCGCGGCCGGACUUCCACCUGGGGCGGCGGGGCGCGCCCCACGUCGGCUCUCGGCGCUCGCGGCCCUGCGCGCGCACCCCAGCGGGUCCCACUCCCGCGCGGAGCCCGGGCGCCGCGGGCACGGGCGCUGCGCGUCCCCGGGCCCCCGGUGUGGGACCAGAUUCUCUCCCCGACGCGUCGCACCCGCUCUUGGUCACUCCUUACAGCUGGCUGCGGGGUUUGCAACCCAACGCCGAAAGCGCAGAAACGGGCCGAGCGUUAUUUCUCCGGCUGCGGUGGGCUGCAAGGAGCGGCCCAGGCCUGUGGAGAAUGACGCGGGCUCAGGGACUCGCGGCACGCUGUGGGGCCCGGAAGUGUCUGUUUCGGGGGGCAGUUUGCUGUCCCCCCCUCUCUCUCCCCACUCGGCAGCUGGCCCAGCUCUGGGUUCCUGCUGGAUAGGAUCCAGUGAGCCCGGAAAGGCCUCAGACGCUGUGCACCUUUCUAACAAGGCCCAGAUGAUGGUAGAGGUUAGGACAAGCCUUCAAAGAAAGUCAGAAUAUUUCAAAGAUGCUUCAAAGAAGAUGAAAAGUGGGCUUAUGUUUGUCAAACUGGUGAACCCGUGUUCAGGGGAAGGAACCAUUUACUUGUUCAAUAUGUGUCUACAGCAGCUGUUUGAAAUAAAAGUUUUCAAGGAAAAACACCAUUCUUGGUUUAUAAAUCAGUCAGUUCAAUCAGGUAAGUGACUAGCGUAUACGUUUCCAUUAACUAAACACAUACUCUAACUUUUCCAACCUUCAUGCAUGGUGGGGGUGUGGGGGUUGGUACAGGCCUGUCUGCCCAGUUUGGAGUCUGGUCCAUGCCUUAGCCUUCCUUGGCACCAGAGCAGGGCUUAAUCAAGGGGAAAGGAAAGAUAAUUUGAGCAAGCUUAAAUCAAUACCUACAUGUCUUAGAUAGUAGGAAAAUUUAAACAAAUGCCUCUGCUUUGUCUCCUAAAACAUUGACAUGUCCUUAGUCAGAAAUUAGAGGAUCUUCCUACCACGGAAAGUACAAAUCUUUCAUUUUCACUGCACAUUGCACAGACUGGGAACUCUUUGCUCUUCUGUUAGACACUUUUGAAGAUUUUCAAGUUUUAACAUCUUAUUUCUUUGCAAAUGAAUACCGAUAUUGCUUCUAAAAUAAGAUAGAAUGUAACAGAUUUUUUAAUGCUUUGUCACAUAAAUCACUGCUGCCCCCACCCCAACAUACCCCCAACACACACAUAUACUCAACACCGAAGAAAGUUCUGUUUCUUUUAAUGUUCUAAUUUGGGGGUAGUAUUGACUCAGAAGGAAAAAGUAAACCGCAUGUUGUUCUGAUGGUUCUGGCAGU